GACCCAGAGACCAGAGUCCUCGUCAGUUAACGACGCUCGUCUCAGUUGCAUCCGAACGCUCCAGCCGUAAACGUUAUCGAAACUGGCCACGCGUAAAUCAAGUCGGGCCACCAUGGUGACCACCAAUGCCGGCGCAACGGCCACAGCCACAACGAACAACAACAAUCUGCAGACGAACAACAACAGUCAUGCGGCGAACAACAAUAAUGAUGACUUUGACUUUGACCAGGACGAUGGCCUGCAGGACCUGGGCUUGCCGGUGUCCGUCCAGACAUUCCUGUGGCGCCAAAUAGCACCCUUCAUCCGGCCAAAGCUCGGAAAACUACACGAAUCAACCUGCCUGUUUUGUCAACAUGCACCGGGACACCAUGAGUCGAAGGAAGCCUGCAAGUCCUUCGAGAAAGUGCUCGUGCAGAACAUACAGUUUGGUCUCUCGCCGCCUCUUACGAAGGCCCUGGGUGCCAUUCCGCGCUGGCGACUGCUGCAGGGCGCCCUGCCACAUGUCAUGCACGCCUGCGCCGCGCUGCUCUACAAUCGGGUCAAGGAUAUGCAGGCCAUUGGGCCCGUGGAGACCAAACUGCUGUACACGAUGCAGUGGAUCCUGCUCUAUGCGGCCGAGGAGUGUGCCGACGAUGAGGGCGGCGAGGAGCUCGGCCUGGGCGAGACUCCCGCGGAGCCCAAGUCGAAGCCCAUACAGCAGUAUCUAUUUUCCGUGCCAACGAUUGCACUCUUUGUGUAUCUGUUUGCACCUAUCAUAUCCCACCUGAAGGAAUCGGAUUUCCAAAACUUUCGCCUCGAGAACGGUAUCAAGCUGUGGCAGGGCAUGUGGGAUAAUCGCGCACCCGGUGCUCCUUGCUUUACGGCUCCGGUGAAGCCAAAGGCCCGCAAUCUGCUCUGUGCGCCAACUCCCAAGGGCUCCACGGAUGUUUUUCCCACCCGAAAGCACUCGCUCAGCGCUGAUGCAAUGUCGCCCAAGAACGACUCGCCACAGAGCGGCAUCUCUGAUUAUGGCAGACAGGACGAGGAGGGCUCCUGGGUAUCUUCUCCCAAGGAAUUUGCCUUUCCCGAGACCAUUCCCGAAGAGGCCUCCAGCGUGGAAGACGAACGUGUCGUCAUAUUUAGGCUGCCAUCGGCGCCACAACUCAUGGAUAAUUCAUUCUUUACGGCCGAUGCCAGCCUGCUACAGCAGCAGCAAUCGCAGAGCCGACGCGGCAGUCGUCAGUCCAUGAACUCCCGCGACAAGGAUAAAGUUCCCUCCACCAAAUUCGAGUUUGAUCAGCAGGAACUGAUGCGUGGGGCGUCCAUGAAGGAGAAGCGCAGUGCCUCCAUCGAGAAGGAGACGGACUCGGACAAGUCGGAAAGUGUCAAGGCAGAUGUCUCGGCUGCCACCUUCCUCGAUGUGGCAGUGCUGCGUUGCCUCUUCAUCUCGCACUGGCAGGAGGAGGGCAUCUUCUGGAGCCUCCAAUAUCUAUACAAUCGUCUCAGUGACAUUGGUGAGGAGGCGGCCAUUACCUUGAAUCAGCCGCGAAAACGUUCCAACUCCUUGCCCAUACCACAAAUCGAGAUAUCGCUGUAUCAGGGUCCCGGCAGCAACAGUCGCGAUAGUCCGGGUAGUUCUGUGGUCAAGGACUACAUCGAAAUACCAGAACCAGCGCCCACAGUGACAGCUGUUGUUGAGGAUACCCCCACAGCGCCCAGCAGCUCCGAGCGUCGCGGCAGCGAGAAGAAGAAACGCGUCAAGAUGGCCGAUCUGCGUGCCUUUGUGGAGACGAAAAUGUUCUCGAAAUCGGAGAAGAACUUGGAAAAAGUAGGGCUCGAUACAAACUCUGCCAAUGGCAAGACACCACUGCAACUGCAACAAGCAGAGUACCAUCGCAGCCUGGACACGGGUGAGAAGAAACUGUCACGCUCUGCAUCCAUGAUCAGUCGCGAGCCAGCCAGUAAUCUGAUCAAGGGCAAAUCCAUGCCUAGUCUCAGCUGUCUGCUUGAUAGCGGAUUUUACAGAUACGUAGAGCCACCCAAGGCCCCAAGGCCAUCCCAGGUGGCAUGUCCACGCUCCACGGCCUUCUAUCCACGGAAUCCCAUUAUUACGGUGACAGAGCACACGCCCACACCAUCGCCGGACUACAUCAAGCGACAGGGCUCCAUUGACUCGCAGCUGGAUGCUUUGAGCAAUGGUGGCAGCAUCGGUGGCAUGGGUGGAAAUGGUGGUGGCAAUGGCAGUGGCGGCGCUGGCAGCACCACCACCCGCUAUCGUGGCCAAAUGCUGCGCUCCCACACAGACUCGCAUAUCGAUUAUACCGGCGUGGAUGAGUCCGAGGCACCCGGCUCCUCCUUCUACAUAACUCGCGAUGGUGGCAUCGACUACGAGAUUAUUCUGCUGGCCAUUAGCAAUGUGUUUAAGCGGGAUCCAGCCUUGGUGUGCUCUCUGCGCGUGCUGGAAGCGGGCCUCAACAUUUGCGAACUUCUCAUCGAAAUGGGUGUGCUGAAGCUGGGCGAACAUGCCCAUGAGAUUUCCAUGAGCAUCACACGACGCGCACUCCAGGUGCUCGGCUGUCCGCAUGGUUGCAAUGAUGGUGUUCGCGGUCCUCCUGCGGACUUUCUGCGCAAUCAGUGUCAGAAGAUUCUGUCCCGAAUGCUGCGCCAGGCUGGACAGCGCACCAAGCGUUACAUGCAGGAAAUGGUCAAGACAUCGCCGCUGCCAGAGCUCAUCGACUACUUCCAUGCCUUUCUGGCCUUCUGUGUGGAUCCCAGCUCGCUGUUGUCGCCAUUAACUCAUAAACGUCCGAGUGGAUAUAAAAAUGCUAACACCGAUCUUGGCGGUGUACCAGGUCAGGGCGGCUAUUCGACAAAUUUUAGCGGCGGAAUGAGCGGCGGCGCCGAAUCCCAGGUCGUUGGCGCUGUCUUCAAGCCGCUGGUCAGUCGCUUUGUGGAGGCAAGCAAAGAUCUUAAAUCACCCGAGAAUAUAGCUCUAUAUGGCGACAUACGGCAGUUGGUCACCUACGUGAAGGGUGCCCAUGGUGGGCCAUUCCGUAUGGUGGCACUCAGCGGCAUUCUAGCCGUCACACCGCGUCCCCACAAAAAGGGACCAACGGCACAGACUACACGUGUUAUAAGACACAUUCCACAGUCCAAUGUGACGCACAGCAUUCAGAAUGAUGACAAUCGCUCCCAGCGUCGUUUGCUGCUCAAGAAACGAAGCACUUCUUCGGCCUGCGCGGUAAGUCUGCUGGAAACGGAGACGUGCGAGGAGCACUACAAGACCAGCCAAUCGCCGUUGAGCAACUUCCGACGUCGCACGACUGGAGUGCGUCCGACACUGACGCCACGGCAUAGUGAGCGUGCGCUGCUCUCCGAUUCCACGUCCAGCUCGGAACGCAAUUCGUUGGGACGGCUCAGCGGCUUGGUGCGCUGGUUUCGCGGCACGCCCAAGGAGGCAUCGUCCAUUGAUCUGGAGAUUGGCUCACUGAAUCCAGAGAUAUCCUCCACAUUUAUGAGGCACGCCUCGCUGAAGAUACAGCGUGGCCGGUCAAGCGAUGGCAUUGGGCGGUCCAUACAGCGCGCCAAGCGACGCGUCGAGAGGCGGCUGAACCGUUUCGGCGGCAUUGUGAAGGGCAAAAAGAAGGUGGGCGGCAUCGAAGAGACAGCGGACUUCAGUCGGCGCAGCUCCUCGGAUAUGUGCGACGGCCCACGAGAGUCCGAGGUGGUCAUACUCAAGGAACGGAAACUCGUGCCCACGGAGCCAGUGCGUGUGGGCAUGUUGCGGCUCUCCUUUCUCCUGGAGACUUGUGCACCCGGCUCCUUUCCCGAUCCCCAACUGGUGGCGGCUGUUCUGGAUUUGCCGCAAGCUCCUUUGGUCUCGCGUGCCACUUUUCUGCUGGAAUGCGCACACUUUGUGCAUCUGUGCAACAAGGGUCAGUGGCCCGCCUGGAUGAAGCAGAACGUGGGCAGCUAUCGAGCGUCGGGUGCCAACAUCAAUGUGAACCAGAUGAAGCAGCAAGUUAGCCAGACCAGCGCCAGGCGCACCCACAUCCUGCAGCGAGCGGCUGGCAAAAUGUUUCACCAAUGGGCGGAGAUAGUGGGUGCCCGCCUGGAGGAGAUACUCUUCACGGAGCGACUGCAAUACGAGGCGGUCAAUGCCAGUCUCACCGAUCCCGAGAAGCAGCGGGAGCUGCUGCAGCAGGACGAGGAGGAGGACUUCCUGGACGAGACAUCCGUGAAUCCGCAUGGGAAUGACUGUCCGCACUCCCUGAAGCUGAUCGCUUGCGUGCUGCUCUUCGAGAUUACGGCCUUUCUGCGGGAUACGUACAUCAUGCUGCCAAAGACAUCGAAGCUGAUCCAUCGGGACAAGCCAGCGCCCUGGGAGAAGGUCUAUCGUGAGGCAAAUCGCCGCUGGUCCAUGGCUCUCAGCUCCAUGGGUCACUCGCAGACAUCGGCACAGAGCCUGCAGUCCAUAGCAGCUGGCAACGAUGGCGCCGGCCAAUCGGAACGAAAGAUUUCCUUUGUGCUGCACGAGCCAGACAACGAGUCCGAGAACAGCAGCAACACCACGUUAACCAAGGAGGGAGAAGAUGCACCUCGACGUCCCACUGCUGCUUCGGCAGUGCGUCCAUUUUUGCUGCGUCGUGGCACAGCCACCACCACGGGCGGUUCCUUCAAGCGUCGCUCCCUGAAGCUGCGUCGCAACACAAAGGACAGCAAAGAAAUUGAAACAGAUUUUAACACACAAUCGCGACGCAAAGUCUCUUCGCUCUCGGAUCGCAGCGACACCUCGGAACAGGGCAUGAUUAGUGGUGGUGAGGAGUCGCCGGGCAUACUCAGCGAUGAUCAGCAGCCAGAGUCGCCCACUGACUCCAAUGAGAACGAUGAUACGGCCAAGAACAUGCCCUGGCUGAAGGCAGUCAUCGAGAUGAUGUCCAGCUACAAUUACUACUGCACACACAAGGGAUAUUGUCAUCCGUUCUGCUACAAGCGCCACAUGCGCUCCUGCACGCGGCUCAUAAAGGCCACCAGAAAGGUUUAUGGUGAAGAAUUUGGCUUUACCUUUGAUGCAGAUCAUCCAACGGUGGAGCCAACUGUCAUUAGCUCCAGCAAGCCGCACACCUCGCGGGCACGCUCCACGCGCAAAGUCUCCGAGCAGAGCUCUACGCAAACAUCUCCAUCCAAGCGCAAGGAUAGCUUGUCACGCAAGGAUCGCAUCAGCGAUGAUCCUGAUCUGGAAAUGGCGGAGAAACUUGCCAAAGCAUUCCGUCAGGAGAAGGAAAAAAAGCUGCAGGAGGAGCCACCGAUCUUGAAGUUUAUACGGGUGCACAUACGCAAUCUGUUCCACUUUCCAUUCGCCACACUGCUGAAGGGCGCGGUUGUCCUCACCGAGGAGAUGGUGAUUGAAGCAAUGCCGGCUGCCUGGGAGCUGCUGCUGGAGACCAAUCACGACACGGCCACCUCGAGUGCCGCCGUUUUCCUAAUGGGCUCCGUGAAGGCACAGAACUUCGCCUUCGAUAUUAUGCAGAGAGCGUUGAAGCACAGGGAUCCGGACAUACGCAUUGGCGCCAUUCAGCGCUAUUUGGUGCUGUGGAAGUGCCGCUUCCAUGUGUGGCCACGCAUGGAGGACAAUGCGCACGAUGUGACCUUCAAGGUGCCACCGGGCGGCAUUGAAUUCACAUUGCCAUCGCCGAAAAUUGGCAUCGAAAGUCUGCCGGUGGUGGAUCCACCCUGGAUGCCCGUGCAGCAGACCAAAGACAUGGACGUGACGCUCAACCAAGACAGACAUCGUUCCCUGGUCACCGCAACGAAGAGCCGCAAAAUGCAGCAGACGGAGGCCAUUCGGAAUGCUCUGCGCCAGCAGCGGGACAAGCAGCGAGCGGAGCGGCACAGCUUCCUCAUCACCAUGAUUCCGAUCAGUCAGCAGGCCUCACACGAGCCUGGCAUGGAGAAGCUGGAGGAUCACGAGGAUCAGGAGGAACUCGAUGGCACCCGCAUGUCCUCGCACCUCCAUCACUCCCAUUCGCUCUUUCCCUCCGUGCUGUGCUCGUCCGUGAUGCAGAUUGUGGGCUGCCUGGACGAUGCUGCCAUUGGAUCGGAUGGCAAUGCAGUGUACGAGAUUGCCUACCAAGUGAUUUGGGUGUGCCUGGUCGAGGAGUCGGCACUCUUUCUGCGCUAUGUAUUUGAGCGCCUUACCCGCGAUCGACAGGAUCAAAUGUUCAAGCUGCUGCGACACCUCAUCCGCUUUGUGCCACGUCUGCCCCAGCAGGCGGCCUUUGCGCUAUACAACUCCAUCAUUGGAUACAUCAUGUUCUAUGUGCGCUCGUCCAAUGAACUCAAGCAGGAGCUCGUGGGAUCAGCCUUGUCUGUGCUCUGGAUGGUGGUGCACUCUGUGCACGGCAUUAUGUUCAAGGACUUGAAGCAAAUUCUGCGCAAGGAGCAGUGCGAUGCCUCCAUUCUGCUCACAGCAAAUGUGCCAGCAGCCAAGAAGAUUGUCGUACACGGACCGGCUGACGAUGACUACAAUAUACCCUCACAGUUCCCCGUGCAGGAGGACACGCUGUUCUGCCAGUUGCUGAAAGAGGCUCUCGACUAUUAUCCCAUUGAUGAGAAGAACACGAGCCAUUACUGCCUGGUGGAUUAUAAGAGCAGCAAAAUCCUGAAUCCCAAUUGGUACAUACGCGACUUGUACUUCUUCAAGCGUUCGCAGUACCCGGAGGUUCGCCUGAUGCUCAUGCGGCCAGAAGAAUCCUUUUUGGCACUGCAGAAACAGGAACUGACUAAGAAGUUCGUGGAGAUUGGCAAGGUGCAUCUGACUUGGGCUAUUCUCAAGAAUGUGGACAUGGUGGUGCAGCGUGUUGUCUUCCUGCACGAGGAGCUGAUGAAGCUGCCCUCCUUCCCACGCAAGGCGCUCGAAGUGGAUCUGGAUCUGCACCAUGGCGGGGAGUAUGGCAAGGUGCUGCUCGGCCUGGAUGUCUUGCACAAGUUUAUGUGGGUGCGUCUGAUAGCCCGCAUGUUCGAGGCCAUGGCUGGUAACUUUGCCUACUCGGCGGACAUACAGCUCUUCCUCAACGUGCUCUCUGGCGCCUCCAUCCUGCAUGCCGAGGACUCAUGCAUAAUGCGCUACGUGAUGGCCACAUUCAUCAAUGCCGCCUUCAACUUUAAGAACAUUUUCUCCACGAAUGGCUACUUUAUGAUUAUGCCCACACUGCUGCAGGUGUAUUCCCUUCAUCAAACCAACAAACUGAUUACCACGACCAUCGAGUACGCCGUCAAACAGUUUUACCUCCUCAACCGCAAGCCUUUCAUUCUGCAAAUGUUUGGCUCUGUUUCCGCCAUUCUCGAUACGGACGAGGAUGGCACCUAUGGAGAGGCGCACAAGGUGCAGUCCAGCUGCCUUUUCAACUUGCUGCUCAGCCUGGAGGAUCCCUCACCGGAUCCUCUAAACAUUGCAGAGCUGGUGAAGGAGCAGAAACCCCUCAAAGCCAUUGACUUUUGCUACCACGACGAAGAUGACGAUGUCACGGUACUGGACUGCAUUACGCUCUGUGUGAUGGUCGUCUCCUACUCGGCGGAGAGCACUCGUGGCUAUCAAAUGCUCAUCAUUCUGGAGGCCAUUCUGCCCUGCUAUCUGCAGCAGAUUCAAUCGCCCAGCUACAUACCGCUUCAGGGCAAGUCCGAACGUGACAUUAUCCUUCAAUUGGCUGUGGCCAUUCGCACCAUGGUGCACAAUUGCGAAGGUCUGGCCAAGAGCUACAACGGGCCCUAUCGCAACAGUCCCGAGCACAAAGGAUCUUCGCAGCGCAACUGUAGCCGCGGACCGCCCUGCUCGCCUGGUCUGGACUUUGAGGAGGAGUCGCAUCCAAAGUAUGUGACGGAUGCCCGCACCAAGAGUAUGAUGGAUUCUGCUGAGGACUCCGAAAUGAUACGCACUGAAUAUCGGCGACCUCGUGAUGUGCUUCUCUCUGUAGUGGCGGAUUUCCUCACCAAAUCCACGGCACGUCUGGCCGAGCUGGCGAAGAAGAUGCCUGCCGACACGAAGCCCACUGAGGUGCUGGACGCCAAGUGCCACAUUCGUCUCGCAGACAUCGCUCACUCGCUGCUCAAGGUAUCCCCCUACGAUCCAGAGUCGAUGGCCUGCCGUGGACUGCAGCGGUACAUGCAGGCGGUGCUGCCUCGGGCGGAAUGGUCAAACGACACUCUGCGCAAUGCUCUGGUCACCAUACUACGACGCAUCGACAAGGUAUUCCUGAAGAUAUCGAAGAAGCCAUCGAUUCGGCGGAACACGGACUGGGAGGCAGCCGCCGGCCUACUGAAGGGCAUUCACGAGACGAUUAUCCGGCACUCGUAUGUGCUGCACUGGCAGCAGAUGAAGACUUUGAUUAGCACCGUGCAGAACCUGAUCGUUAAUGAGCCCGGCUCAGGCAUUCCCGAGGGCGUCUCCAGUGCAGGGGCAGCGCUCAUGUCUCAGAAUCCGCCGGCCUUUUUCUGCUCGGCCGUGGUGCGUCUGGUGGCCCUACAAGUGGUGAGCCCCGUGGACUGCUUCUCACUGGUUCAAAUAUGCGGCGGCAGUGCCGAGUUUGCCACGCAGGAAAAGGCCGAAGGAUUUCUGAUGCAUCUGAUCAUGCCGCUGUGUCUGAAGGUCUGUUCGGGACGCGGCGUUUCGGAUGUGGGCGAGCUGAAGAUGACCGAUGUAACCUUCCUGCUCACCGCCGUCCUGAAUGCCAUGAGUCCCCCAGCGGGACGUACGGGUCAGGCUGUGUCCCAGAUCAAUCGAGUCACGGGUGACCUGCGUGCCGGCUCCCUAACCUUCACGGGCAGCCGGGAUGCCAAGCGACCAGCCCGCAUUUCCGGCUCUCUCUAUCAAGCGGCCUUCUUGGCCCUGCGCAUCGUGUGCAUCUGCUUCGAGAAUCGCCUGUCCACCGAGUGGCCACGCAUUGUGCGGGUGAUGCGGGAUCUGGGCAGACGAAACGAGGCUGCCCCCGAUCUAUGGAGCUUCAUGGAGUUCGUGGUCACCCAUCGCACCCCACUCUACAUUGUUCUAUUGCCUUUUAUUAUGCAUAAGAUCUCACAGCCUCCCAUUGGCGAUCACGAGCGACACAUGCAGUUCAUCAUUAGAGAGCGAUUGCGGGGAACACCACCACAGGGCGGCAUCAAGUCGAAGGGCGCCCUGCUGCUGGAGCUGGCCCGGGAGCUGCGCGAUCUGCGCGACGAGCUGGAGGAGAAGCGUUAUGUCUCCACAGAUCGCGAGAGUUCCGAGCAGAAGAAGAGCGACACGCCGGCGGCCACCAGUGCGGCAGAUGCCCACAAGUCCCAGCAAAGACCUUCACUUAUAUCUAUCUUCACAGGGACAACAACCGGCCAGGCCACACACUCGCAUGUCUCCGCUGUACCCAUCGAUUCGCGCAGCGGCUCCGGUGGCAUUUGCACCCCCAGCGACACUCUGUCACAGCAAACGCUCCACCCGCCGCGAGAGUCCUUGUCCAGCAGCUCAACGGGACGAGAUCCACACACCACGACAAGCGAGAGUCAGAGCGGCGAUGGAGAGGCAGGAUCGGCGCCCACACUGGUUGGCGCAGCACCCAGUGGCUCAGGCCAUGGAACUUCCGGCACAGCAUCUGCUUUGCCCUCGCACAUGUCGCACUCGCAGUCGCUGCAGCAGCCGACAUUUAAGGCACAGCCGCCAAAGCUGCGCUUCGUUUCGUCUGUGGAGUUUCGACACUCUUCGGGAGAGACAUCGACCACACCGCUGUCACCCGAGAGUCCGGCCGAGGAUAGCUCAGGAGAUCACACACGUUCACGCCUGCAGCGCUCGAAGGCGGCCAGCCGCAAGACCUUCCGGCUAAAGCGCAGCCGACUGACGCCCAUGGAGCCACCCAGCAUCGUUACAUCGCUCUCACAGGAGGAGCAACAGCCUCAGGCCCAGCCCAAGGCACUUGGUGAGAUAUCCUGGGACUCGGUCUCGCAGACGUCUUCCACAUCCGGCUAUCGGGACAACAACAGCUUGCAGACGGGCCUGCUCUCGCCAGAUGGCUCAUUGGGAGGUCUCACUCUGGGCCGCUCCCCAUCGCAGCAUUCACUUUUAAUGGUGUUCGAGGGACAGGACGAGGACACACUUAUUUAACAAUCACAGAACGGCGACCGGGCCUACGAACUCUAGUGACGAGCGUGACUUUCCGAUACACAAUUAGCACGAAUUUGGUAUAGCAGAUAGUAGAUACUCGUAUAUUAUAAUUAUUUAUGCAUAUGUGUAGGGUAGUUGGAUGUUAAGUUUUAUAGACGAAUCGUUGUUUUCCAUUUUGAGCCCCGUUUUGUACACGAUCAAUGAUGUUAGAAUGUUAACAAAUAAACGCGGUAGCCGUUCUA